GAAGAAGAAAAGAAGCGCAUUGAGCUCGAGCAAAGCAUCGAGAAGAAGCGUCACCGGCCAAAGCAAGACGAGGACGGCCGCGCCACGGCCCCGGAGCUGGCGGCGCUGCGGCUGUCCCAGCAGAAGGGCGCCCGGGAGCUCUACUGCCGGCAGGUGGCAGGCAUGGAAGAACUCCUGCCUUUGGCGGAAUCGCCGAAGGCCAUUCCGGCGCAAAAGGCUCUGGAGGAUUGCCUCGGCAAGUACACCGUGCUGCGAAAAGGCUUGCUCAAAGAGCUCAGCAGCACUCGCAUCACCAG